UAAAGUGUUGUAUGAAGGAGACGCGCGGUGGGAUUGGACGCGAACUCUGUGGAAAAUUAGCAUAGAUCAGUGUAUAAAUGCCUCUCCACGAGCGAAGAGAUUCACAAGUUUGAAAUUUCUCAGAUUGCAGUCAUGCCUGAGCCCGCGAAAACAGCUCCUAAGAAAGGAUCAAAGAAAGCCGUCGUGAAGAGCGCUGCAAAGGGAGGAAAGAAGCGCAGAAAGUCCAGGAAGGAGAGUUACGCCAUCUACGUGUACAAAGUGCUGAAGCAGGUCCACCCCGACACCGGCAUUUCUUCGAAGGCGAUGGGCAUCAUGAACUCUUUCGUCAACGACAUCUUUGAGCGCAUCGGCGGCGAGGCGGCGCGUCUCGCGCAUUACAACAAGCGCUCCACCAUCACAUCCAGAGAGAUUCAGACCGCCGUGCGUCUCCUGCUGCCCGGUGAACUCGCCAAACACGCGGUGUCUGAGGGAACAAAAGCCGUCACUAAAUACACCAGCAGCAAAUAAAUCCUCAUCUGAUCUGCUGUUCAACACAAAGGCCCUUUUAAGGGCCGCCCACUUUCUCCAUUUAAGAGCUUCCGGUAUCUGUUAAAGCUGAAUGUCGUGUUCGGACGAGUGUGAAAUGUCGUUAAUAUACAAACAUUGGCGUGUUUUUAAGCAACAGUUUCUUUCAUCUUUAAAUGUUGAAGCUCAGAGACAUCUUCAGUUCUGUGUUUGUUGUUUUGAGUUUUAUGUGCGUAAUCUAUGGAGUUCGGCUUGC